AUGGACAUGAUGAACUUAAGAAUUCACUGCUUUCUAGUUUUCUUCACUUUCUAUGUGCAAGAGGGAUUGUCAGGGGAUUAUGAAGCUCGCCUUGGAGCAAAUGUUCUUUUACAGAGAAUAAAACGUCUAAGCAAACCAACGAAACCAGUGCUGAAGGUGACAGACUACCAUGUGAGGUGCUCAGUGGUGUCCCGCUAUGCUGUUACAACAGUCCAGAGUUCAGUAUGGAACCAGCUCCCCGUCAUCAAGGAAGCUGCCUUUGAGGUGGACCUGCCCUCCUCUGCUUUCAUCUCCAACUUCACCAUCACCUCUAAUGGCAAGGUGUAUGUGGCCCAGGUGAAGGAAAGAGCUGCUGCCAGGAAAAUAUACGACGCUGCUAAGAAGCAAGGAAAAACAGCUGGACUUGUCGCAACCAAAGAGAGGGAGAUUGAGAAGUUUCGUGUGGCAGUGAGCGUACCAUCAGGAGCUCGGAUGUCCUUCUCUCUGACCUAUGAAGAGCUGUUACCACGGAGACUCGGCCGCUACGAGCUCAGUUUGGGUCUGAGGCCUGGCCAGGCCGUCCAGAACCUGACAUUGGACGUAGGUAUAACAGAGCGGACAGGCCUCAGUUUCAUCAAAGUCCUUCCUCUCAAGACAACGCGACUGCUCUCUAACACUGCAAAAGGUGAUGCAGACCCCCCUCCCUCCACUCAUGUUGAGCAGAGUGCUGGCUGUGCUCGAGUUCGCUACAGUCCCACUGUGCAGCAGCAGAACAGUGUCUCCUCCAAGGGUCUUGAUGCAGACUUCAUCAUUCAGUAUGAUGUGAACCUCAGAGACCUCAUAGGUGAUGUCCAGGUGUAUGAUGGCUACUUUGUGCAUUACUUUGCACCUAGGGGGCUUCCUGUGGUUCCUAAGGAUGUUAUAUUUGUCAUUGAUGUCAGCGGCUCAAUGAUAGGCACCAAGAUAAAACAGACCAAACAGGCCAUGAGCACCAUUCUCGGGGACCUUAGAGAAGGCGACCACUUCAACAUCAUCACCUUCUCAGACAAGGUUCACACUUGGAAGAAAGGCCGAACAGUGCGGGCGACUCGGCAGAAUGUACGAGACGCCAAAGACUUUGUGAAGAGGAUAAUUGCAGAAGGAUGGACCAAUAUCAAUGCAGCUCUACUUUCAGCUGCCCAGCUCGUCAACCCUCCGUCCCCGGGUUCUUCCAAACACCUCUCAUCUCGUCGUGUCCCCCUGGUAAUUUUCCUCACUGAUGGGGAAGCCACCAUCGGGGUAACAGCUGGUGACACCAUCCUCAGUAACGCCAAGAAGGCCUUAGGCUCAGCCUCUCUAUUUGGUCUUGCCUUUGGCGAUGAUGCGGACUUCCUCCUCCUGAAACGCCUGGCUCUGGAUAACCGAGGCGUAGCCAGGAUGGUGUACGAGGAUGCGGAUGCGGCCUUGCAGCUGAAGGGCUUCUAUGAUGAAGUAGCCAGCCCUCUGCUAUCAGACAUCCAGCUGUCAUACCUGGAUGAUCAGGCAUUUGACAUAACCCGCUCCCUGUUUCCGAACUACUUCCAAGGCUCGGAGUUGGUUGUGGCUGGGAGGAUUAAAGCUGGGGUCAAAGAUUUAAAGGUGUCAAUGUCUGCCACUGAUUCAAAGCAACGUGUCAAGAUGGAGAAUGAUGUGAUGCUUUCCCAUGCAAAGGGGAAUGAUACUGCAGAUUCAUUAGACUGUUCAGGUGGUUUAGAAGGUAUCUCCAGCUUUGUGCAUCGUCUCUGGGCGUAUUUCACCAUCAAAGAGCUGCUACUGGCCAAACUGAACGCUACUGACCCCGCAACUCAGAGGUUACUGGCAGAAAAAGCCACAAAUCUCUCCCUCAAAUACAACUUUGUAACACCAGUGACUUCUUUAGUUGUAGUUAAGCCAGAUACAGAUGAAGCAGCUCAAACUCCAACCACUGCAAAACCCACCACAGCAGCCACUAUAACCACAACAACAACAACUACUGCUACCACCAAAAUACCAGCUGCUAGUGCUGCAAAGAAACCCAGCACACCUUCUAACCCUAGGCCUAACAAAACAAAACCAGACCCUCCUCAGCCACCUCCAAAUACACUACAAACUAAAAAAGGCUCAUCAUCAACUUCCACAGGAAAAACAGUGGUUUCACCAUCCAAGAAAACUACAACUACAACCACAAGUCCCAGCUCCAUCAAAACUGCUCCAGCACCAUUAUCUGGUAAAAAGCCCACUCCUUCCCAUAAUGAUUCCAAACCUGCCUCUCCUCCUCCUGCUGGAAAGAUAUCCACAUCUGUGCUCAAUGCUCUAAAAACAGCACCACCACCUGCACCUGGAAAAGUCUCCACACCCCAGGCCAAUGCCAUGAAAACAACCACUCCCUCGAUGCUAACAUUCACUACAACGCCUCCCCUCAGCUCAGUCAGAACUGACCCUGUGCCCCUGCCCGGCAGACACCUUACCCCACAGCCCAGCACAGUGAGGACAGCUCAUCCUCCUGUCAAAGUGACAGAGGCAGACAACAGCAGCACAUCUGCUCCAGAUGUUCCUCAGUCUGGAAUCACCACUGCUCUGCCUCAAGAGCUGUCGUCUCCACUCACUUCCCCUACCCCGGCACCAGCACCGGCUGCGGAAGUCAACAACACAAAUGCAGGUGUUGACACAGACCUCAGCAUUGCUACCCUGGUGUCAGCCACCUUCGCUCCCAUGCCUGGUGUAACAGAUGGGCCACGACUGUGGGAGGCAGCAGGGCUUCUGGAUGUCUCUACUUCCAUUCAGAUUCAGAGGAAAGAUAUUGACCUUGUGAAAGAUUACGACGCUACUUAUGACUACGACUACGAUCUCAGCUAUGAUGCCUGGGAUGAUACUGCAGACACCGGAUCAUUUGAGCCUCCAUCUAGACUGAGCACCGUGAGGGUCUUCUCCUCUUCAGUUGAUGGAGAUCCACAUUUUGUGGUCCAGCUGCCAAAGCUGCAUCAGAACCUGUGUUUCACAGUAGACGGCAGGGCUAAAGAUGUUCUCAGACUGUUAGAGGACCCAGACAGAGGGAUCAUUGUGGAUGGCCAACUGAUAGGAGCUCCCUCCAAGCAUGGCGUUGAAGACCGCCCCCGAACCUACUUCAAUCGCCUCACCAUCUCCACAGCCACUGGUGGCUCUGGUGGCAUCAUGAUCACAAUCUCAUUGGACACUGUAGUAGUGGAAGGGGAAGGGCGUGAUACCCUUCCCAUCAAUCAGCAGGGAUUGGUGAUGAGGCAAGGUGUGACGGUUAUUGUGGACAACCAUCGGAGCUGCUGGAUUGAACUGGCCAAGGAUGUACGGUUCCUGGUCCUGUUCCACCACUAUAAACAACCCAGUUACCUACAAAUGGCUCACCUGGGUUUCUACAUCACAGAUGGACGGGGGCUGUCUGCCUCAACCCAAGGCCUGCUGGGCCAAUUUCAACACACUGACAUGAGUGUGACGGUGGUGAAGGAUCAUGUGGGUGGAGGCGCUCACCGAGCCAGCAAAGAGGGAGUUUUAGCCAGGGGGAUCCUGAGGUGGGGAUCAGAGCACAUGCCAGUCACCCUGCAAGACAAGACGCUGAAAGACUCGGUGCGGAAACGCCACAUGGGCAAGUGUUGGGUGGUGCCUAAGGCAGAGAUACAGAGACUUCUGGGUCAUCCCUAUGAGAGCUACGUGGUGGAUCGUGUGUAAUUCUAGCUGAGUCAGCUCCACAUUGGUGCCUCCCUGCAGGUCACAGCAGUUAUGACGGUGUGGUUACUGGACAAAGGACGAAAAAGAACUGGGACUCCACAAGGCUAAAAUGACAUGUUGCCACAGUCUCUGAAUGAGGCUGUCAGAUAUCCUGUAAGGCGCAGUGAAACACAGGUGUGGUUGCUGAAGAGGAAAAGAGGGGGUGACAGGUUAGACUACAGUGAAGAAAAAACAAGCUGCAAAUGAAGGAAUAAUGAGGACGUAUAGUUCAACAAGUAUAAUGAAGGACUGAAUGAUUCUUUUGUGCCUUCUCCUGAAUUUGAAUUGGAAUCAAGCUCUGUGUUCUGACAGAGACACAAUGUUCUGCUGGUCGCAUGGCAACCACAUCAUGUCCAUUUGUGCUGCAGCAGUUUUGUGCUUGCUCUGAAAUGUCAUGCACCACCAACUCAACUUCAAAGAUAUCUAUACAGAUUAUUCUUAUAUCUCAUCAUUGGAUGAU